AUGGUAGGGCAGAACUCUUUUAAUUACCUCGCGAAAUUGUUCAUUGGCAAUCGUCUGCAAUUUGCAUUUGGAAUCCAUACUCCCUCUCCAAACGAAGAGCUAAUGGCGCGAGGAAGUCUAUGGAAAUCCCGCUCAAAAUCUACCACAACUGUAGUGCCAAUAGACACGGAGCUCUCUGAAAGGUUUGGUCUCUUCCACUUGAAUCCAAUUCCUGUACUUCCAAAGAAUGGAGAGUCGCCUUAUAGAAUUGAUAUCGUGGCACUGCAUGGCAUAAAAGGCGAUGCAUUCAAAACAUGGACUGAGAAGAAUGAAGAUGGUGUCAAAAACCUGUGGUUAAGGGAUCAGUUGCCCAAUGAGUUGCCAGGUGCCAGAAUAUUCUCAUUUGGGUACGACGCGAAUGUCCUGUUUAGUCGAGGGACGGGUACGAUAGAAGAUUUUGCUACAGCUCUGUUGGAGGAUUUGUUGAGGGAGAGAAGCAAUGAUAAAAAUCGAAAGCGUCGGAUCAUUUUCAUAUGUCAUAGUAUGGGAGGCAUCGUUGUAAAGAAGGCGCUUAUCAGAGCCUUCAACACCAAGCUUUACAGGAACAUAUUUGAGCUCACAUCCGCCAUUCUCUUCCUUGCCACUCCGCAUAUGGGCUCUGACGAAACUAAGCUACCUCUAUUGAUCUCGAAAUUUGCUAACGGGCUUCUCGCCCUUCCAAUGAGAUUCAGUGGUCGUGUCAGAGAUGAAUUAAUUACGCCUCUUUCGCGAGGGUCGUCUGUCUUGAUAGAAACACAGGACGAAUUCAAGAGGUUGAAGCUGUAUGAUGGGAUUCGAGUCGCCAGUUUCCUAGAAAUGGAUAUCUGCUCGGGAUUAAAGGGGCUUGUGGUUGACGAAGAGAGUGCGCAGUUACACAUUCCAGAUGAGCGGGUAGUAAAAAUGCAUGGCUGUGACCAUCGAAAUAUCUGCAGAUUUACUGGACCGGAAAGUAGUUCAUACAAGUCUGUUUGGGGUAUUCUGAAAGUAUAUGCGGAUGAAGCUAGCAGCUUGGUUGAGGAUGAUCUUACUCCUGAGGAUGAAUCUGUAUUAUCCUCCAUAUACUACCCCGAAAUGGAGCAAAGACGUCGAAAUGCAAACAACGCCUACCCAGGUACCUGUAGCUGGAUCUCCCAAGAUCGUUCAUAUCUUCGAUGGAAAGACACACAACGCAGUCUAAUGUGGAUCAAAGGCAAACCAGGUGCGGGUAAAUCUACACUCAUGGCAUAUAUUCUGUCAAAUUUCCGCCAUCGCGAUUCUCGCCACCUGGUACUGAAUUUCUUCUUCCAUGGUCGCGGUGCCCCUCUCCAAAAGGGACCCGAAGGAAUGUAUAGGCAAUUGUUGUAUCAACUUUACUCUCAAGCAUCACCUAUCCGCGAACAACUCCGAGAGUCCUUUGCCGAAAAGAACGCGUCGAGACAGUUAGAGAAUGAUUGUGUUUGGAGUGAAGAUGAAUUGAAAGCAUGGCUAUUUAAUGCCAUUACUUGGAUUGCGCAAUCAAGGCCGGUUACAUUAUUUGUUGACGCACUCGAUGAAGCCGGCGACGACAAUGCAAGGAUGCUGAUUGAUUAUUUUGAUGAUAUGAAGAAGAGAGUAUCCCAAGAUGAAGAUGGUGGAUCCUUAAGAAUUUGCGUUUCUUGUCGGCAUUAUCCCAAUGUCACCUUGAGUGAGGGCUUUGAAGUCAACGUAGAAAAUCAUAAUAUGCGAGAUAUUGCAGUUUUCGUUCACGCACAACUGGUAUCGAAAAUCAUCAACUGGGACAACGACAGGGUGGCUAUUGAGGGUAGAGAAAAGAUGGAAGCAGCUAUUGUGAAGAAAUCACUGGGUGUCUUUCAAUGGGUCAAACUUGUGGUUCCUAUGGCUGCGGAGACAUUCAACGAUACAGAAAGUCUUAAGGAAGUUCACGUCAUGUUGGAAAAGGUACAGGAUGACCUCGCGGCUGUGUACGAGAAUAUUUUGACUAAUGUCAUCAAAGUUAAAUAUCGACCCAAAACAUUGCUGUUAAUGCAAUGGAUUGCCCUUGCUGAGCGACCUUUGACUGCUACCGAAUUAAGAAUCGCGAUGGCAUGUGAUAAUGAAUCUGAAAAUCCGGGACACAAACGAUGGGAAGAUAGUGAGGAUUAUAUCGAGUCUGAUAGACGAAUGGAAACUUUAUUGAAGACUUUUUCUGGAGGGUUGGUGGAAAUAGCUCUGUAUACCUCGGGGUUAUAUCGCGUACAAUUCAUUCAUCAAACGGUGGUCGACUUCAUGCUUUCAGGAGGCUUGCUCUACCUAGUAAAGCAUUCAAAGCCACAGCCUCUCGAACCUUGUGGGGAUGAGGGCCAAUACUCUAAUGACCAAAUCCUUGGGCAAAGUCAAGAUCGUCUUUCAAGAUCUUGCGUCAAUUAUUUCAAACAGCCCGAUAUUAUGUACGCGGACUUCAAUGAUGUAAUUCAAAGAGAAAAGGUGUGCGAUGGCACAGAACAUCCACUAUUUGAGUAUUCCAUUCAAAAUUGGUCAGUACAUGCAGAGAAAGCGGAACGGCUUGGCUUCAGUCAGAUACAUGUGGUGAGACAACUAGAAAAUCCACCUGGGUACUUCGAAAAAUAUAUUGAAUACGAGUACGCUAUGAAAGGAGCUGCAUACUCCUUGCGAAAGGGCUCCGUAAUUCUACAUCUCAUGGCAUCCGCAAAUCUACAAGGCCCAGCUCAGUCACUGCUAGAGCGCGGUGACUCUGUGGAGGAUGAGGAUCAAGGUUUCGUAAGACCUUUACACUGUGCAAUCUUUCAUGGAAAUAAAGGAAUGGUAAAGAUUCUUUUGGAUGCCGGUACCGACAUAAAAGCAACACAAGACGGCAGGCACUCGGCGUUGGAAAUCGCUGCAUCGAGAGCUCAUGAUGAUGUCAUUCAGCUUCUACUCGAACGCGGUGCCGAUGUCAACGCUAUCUCCAAUACUGGAACUGCAUUAGAAGGGGCUGCUACAAGCGGUGAUAUACGACUGGUACAAAAAUUGUUAGGUCUUGGGUGUAACGUAAACCAAGAAGGCAGAUUCGGAAGCACACCUCUCAAAGCUGCUGCGAGGAAAGGAAGCAUUGAGAUAGUCCAUCUUCUAUUAGAACUAGGGGCAGAGAUUGAACACUGCCAAGAUUAUGGAACGCCUCUUCAGAUCGCAGCUUUGGCCGGUCAUCUUGAGGUAUGCCGGGUGCUGCUAAACCACGGAGCAUUGGUAAAUACUCCGGGAUUUUCAGGGACAGAAGGCAGUGCUUUACAAUGUGCUGCAAACAACAACAAUGUCCAUAAUUCCAUUGCUAAGGACAUCGAACUACUACAGUUAUUAUUGGACUAUGGUGCUGAUAUAAACACACAAGAUUCCACGAAUAGGACUGCAUUGUCAGUGGCUGUCAACGCCCACGGGCGCGCAGAAACAAGAAACUCGGAAAUCGAUCCUCGAAUUUUGUUUCUGCUAUCCAACGGAGCAGAUGUCGAUGCAGGAGCCUCUCUGGUUUACGCAGCUCGGCGCAAGAACAUCAAACUCAUCGAGCUGCUUUUGAAUCGCGGUGCUAAUAUCAAUAUAUUGCGAUCACAUGAAAGUGUACUAGCUGCAGCAUGCGGCACAUUUGAACCUGAAGUAGAGAUGAUCGAACUUCUCUUGAACAGGGGAGCAGAUAUCAACUUCUACUAUGAAAACGGAGGGAUCACAUACAACGGCGCUGCUCUUCAAUGUGCUGUAAAUUCCGCUGCACGCACUGGGGACUUGACAAUUGUACGCGUACUAUUAGAUCAUGGGGCAAAUGUUAACCUUGGUGCUGGAAAGACAGGCGGAGCGUUAUAUGAAGCUGCAGAAAGAGGCCACCUGGAGCUUUGUCGGCUGUUCUUGGGUUCGAAAGCUGAUGUUCAUGCAGAACAGACAACAUCUGGUAGUGUUCUGCAUGCUGCUGUGAGAAGUGGAAAUGUAGAUGUCAUCGGUUUGUUGAUUGCUCAUGGAGCUCACGUUGAUGACGAACGCGGACUAUAUGGUACGCCUCUUCUAGUCGCUGCACAAGCUGGAUUUCUCCAUGCAUUCAGUCUGCUGUUUGAUGCUGGAGCGGAUGCCCAUUAUAUAGGAGGAAAUUAUCACAACCUACUGAUAUCAGCUGCAUGGGGAGGGAAUAUUGAAUGCGUCGAGAGAUGUUUAGAUAUAGGGCUAGAUGUCAAUGCAAGAGGAGGACUUAUGAGCGAUACAGCACUUUGUGCGGCUGCGCACAAUGGACAUGUGGAUGUUGUUAGAAGACUGUUGGAUGCGGGGGCAAAGGAUUUUAGUGAGGGGUGGUGGGGCAGUGCAUGGUGCCAGGCUGAAAGAUAUGGACACAGGACGGUCCUGAAAGUGCUCAAGGAAAGGGGAUUAGAGAGGAAGAAAACUAAAGCGGAUUUUUUGUGGCAAAGCAAAGAUUUGGGUCUAAGUUCGCCUGAAUAG